UUAUGUGCAACAUAAUGUAACAUGAAUCAGCAUACUGUGGUGCCUUGUCUACCUCUUCUUCACCGAUUGAACACGUAUAUCCUCCGUAUGUCCUCCUCUGUAAGUCGCUUUGGAUAAAAGCGUCUGCUAAAUGCAAUGUAAUGUAAUGUAAUGUAAUGUAUAUCUUUUUACAGAUUUGAUUCCAUCUAAAUUAAAAAUCUACCACAUCUCCCAAGAUGGAUAAAUUUCGUAUGAUGUUCCAGUUCCUCCAAUCCAACCAGGAAUCUUUUAUGAAUGGAAUCUGCGGUAUCAUGGCAUUGGCCAGUGCACAGAUGUACUCUGUCUUUGAGUUCAGCUGCCCCUGUAUGCCAGAAUACAACUACACCUAUGGGAUCGGACUGCUCAUCAUUCCACCUAUAUGGUUCUUUCUGUUAGGUUUUGUAUUGAAUAAUAAUGUAUCAGUGCUCGCAGAGGAGUGGAAAAGACCCACAGGAAAACGGAGGAAGGAUCCAACAAUCCUUCGCUACAUGUUUUGUUCGAUCACACAGAGAUCCUUGAUAGCACCAGCAGUAUGGGUGUCUGUCACUCUCAUGGAUGGGAAGAGCUUCCUCUGUGCUUUCAGCGUCAACUUGGAUAUUGACAGGUUUGGGAACUACAGUUUUGUGAACGAGAUGUCAGAAGCGGAGAAGUUAAAACUGCUGGCAAGGAUUCCAUGCAAAGACCUAUUUGAGAAUCAGGAAAUAAGAGUGGCAGCAUCACGAUACAUCAAGUGUAUAUCACAGGCAUGUGGAUGGAUGUUUUUGCUCAUGAUGACCUUCACGGCCUUCCUGAUCCGAGCUAUUCGACCAUGCUUUAAUCAAGCGGCCUUCCUCAAAACCAAGUACUGGUCUCAUUACAUUGACAUUGAGCGCAAGAUGUUCGACGACACUUGUAAGGAGCAUGCCAAGAGUUUUGCCAAGGUUUGCAUCCACCAGUACUUUGAUAACAUCAGUGGAGAGAUGCACAACUUCCACCACAAUCGCUCCAGCAAUGAAAGUGACGACGAAGACGGAGAGAAGAAGAAAAGCGAUGAAGAAAAGCUUCUGGGUAUCAGGGCCCAGGAUGAUAUGAAUAAAGUUUUAUGGAACUGGCACACCUGUAAGCCAGCUCUGGCUCUGAAAAAGGACCACAUGGAUGGCGAAAAUAAUGGCAUAAUGAAUGGAGAGGCCAAUGGAGCAGCAAAUGGAUUUCUAAAGGGACACACCCAUGACAUGGAGAAAAAGGAAUGGGCAGUGUAUUACAAUUGGAGGACAGAGGUAGAGAGGGAGGGCUGACGGAGAGGAGAGUUGCGAGGCAAAACGGCUGGUCACAUGAGCAGAGAUCUGUUUACAAACCCAAGGCAGAGCAGAGCAGGAGCGAGGGGAGGAAGGGGAAAGGCGAAUAGCAGGCUCUCUCUGAGCACCAUUAAGGAUUGAAAAAGGAAGAAGGGAAGCCUGCCAUGACAAAGCCAGCUGGAGGUGGGAGAGACUAAAAAAAAAAAAACGACACACGCAGACACACUCGUGCACACACACUGUCUUUGUCUCUGAUUUCUUCUUUUUUUUUUCUCAAUUGAAGGAGCAGAUGGUUAGGGGGAGAGUAGGAUCCCCCCUCCCACCCACCCCCUGCACACGCACACACUGACUGACACACAAACACACAACACUCACCAGCAAAAUACCAAAACCAGCUAGAGGACUGUUGUUGACUGCAUGGAGCUGUCCUCACUUUGUUUGGGCUUUAGAGGGAAGCAUAUCUUUGCCUUGUAUACUGAGGAGGAAUACCCACUGCAAGAUCAGAGGACUGGAGGAGGACACAACAGAGGAGAGGAGAGGGGGAUGAGACUUGUGAAAAUCCUCCUCUGUUAAAAAAAAAAAAAA